AUGUCAACUAAGCAAAUACUAAAUCUGAUAAACAGGCAACCAUUUGCUUUCUCAGAAUCUCAUCAAACAGAUAUAGUGUGCGAAUUCAAUACGUUGCUUAUUGAAAUCAAAUCUGUUUGUCAUCGACUUGAUAAAUGUCGAAAAGCAAUUCAGUUUGCCCAAACAAAAGAAACCAUAGGGAAGGAUUUAAUCCACAUUAUUCAUUUUAUAAUCAAUCGGUAUUAUUGUGAUCCUUUGUAUGGCAACAGUUUUAUAUCCUUAAUAGGGCUUUUGAUGGUUGCCCUUCAAGUACUGGAUACAGAAGAUGAAGUGCAAAGACAAUUGAUGGAUGAAAACCAUAUUGGCCGCAUUAUUAUGAUGCAAAUGAGUGCAGUGCUUGAACUAGUAAAGAGCACAUACACGUAUUAUUUGUCUAUUGAUUCGCAAAUCGAAUUGUUCAAAAUUGCACUUGAUUAUCAAUUUGAGCGAGAAGACAUAAAUCAUAUCUGGUUCCCAGUACUGAAAGAGACCUGCUUACUGUUGACUAGACGAGAUCCAAACUGGGACUGUAAAGGUGAAUAUGACAAUAUCUGUUCAAUGGCCACUAGUUUGUUGUUUGAUUAA